AUGGAGCGUUUGACGCGGCCCGCCGGCGCGCCGCGCGGUGCUCCGCGCGUACUCUCAGAUGCAUCCAUGACCAUGAGCUUUGCGUUGCCGGCUUCGUACCUACAGGCGCGAGCUGCGCGCGCCGCAGCCACCACAUCAGUCGAGGAAAAGAAACGUGUCGAAAAUGCUGUCGAAAAUACGAACUCGUGGGAGGAGCGCGACUGGGAGCACGAGGGUCCAAAAACUGUCGAAAAAGCAUCAGCGCAGGCGGCAGAAGAUGAUGAAUGGGAGGAGGACGCGACGCCUGAUCUCCCCGACGACUUCCCGCGACUUAUCGUGAAUUUGACGCGGGUCCAGCGCCAUCACUUUCCUUCCGAGUCGGGUGAAGACGAUUCUGACAUGAUGGAGGUCUUCCACCGUGUCAAAAAUACGCUUCAUGCGCACUUCUCCGAGUUAGCAGAGGUGCUCUUCGAACAAAACGGACUGCAUGUGGCCUACCCGGAGGACUUUUUCGCCAUGGUGGACUACCCGACAGUUAUCGACGACGUGCCGCUGCACGAAUAUCUGCACACUUUGUCGUACCCGUCCAAGUGGAAGAGUGUCGAAUACCUGAAGGACUGCUUGCGUCGGUGCUCGCGGGAUAUUCGAUGGAAGAGAGACGUCAUCACGGAGCUGAAGCUUCUGGCGGAGCAGGAGUUCGCACAGUAUGAAGAGCAGCAGAAGCGACUGAGUGACGAGAUCGACGAGUUGACGCGUCUGCGCGACUCGUUCCGUGAGAAGCUGGAGAAAAUGACAAAGCAGGAGGGCAAGCCGAAGGGCCAGUACCUGAUGCUGCGCAAGCUGGAGGACAUCGAGAAUCGGUUAAUGCUACUGCUGGAUGAUUAUCUGAAAGAGCCUGAACUGGAGGAGGAAGAAUGCUACAGUGCGUUCGGCAACCCUGGUGGGGAAGGAGGGGUGACUACUGGCAUGAAUGUGCUGGAUAUGGUCAUCGCCAUGGUGUUCGGCCGUCUGCCUCGAGACUUCAGCCAGCAGACCACGACGGAGGAGCAUUUCCAGAUGCUGUUCGACCACCACAUCUACAUCUUACGACUGUGGAAAAAGGACUUCGGGCGGCUUCCUCCCAAGUCGCGAGUCGCUCCACCACCGGCGGCAGAUGGCUCAGACGCUGCGAGUGUUGACGAACUAUCCGGUCAAGCGCGUGACGACGCAUCCGAUGGUUUUGAUGAAGAGGAACAGGCCGAGGAGUUCUCGUCGUACUGCCGAGUGGAUGGUAGCGACGCGUUUGGCUCGGAUGAACCAGCUUUAUCGGGGGGCCUGGACGAUGACUGGGAGAACUUGGGUGCAGAAGAGAACAGCCGCAGCUACGACAGUCCGGUCGAGCGAGAAACACGCGAUGGGAACGAUUCAGACGGCUAUGGAGCCGAUUUUGACAGUGACGAGAGCGAAGACGAGGAGGAGUUGGCUGAGGCUGCGGCAGCACGGCAGAAGCUCGAAGCUGCGAAGCCUGAGGAAGCAGUAGCAAAGUCCUCGGCGCCUGCUCGGCCGCGCCGGAGACGUAUUAGGCAUACGAAGAAAUCCAAGAAGCUGCAGAAGGCGAAGACUGAAAGACGCGAUAGCGACGUGGAGCAGGAUGCCGUGCCGUUCCAGCCGUUUGCUUGCACUGGAGCUGUUGGCCUGCUACGCCUCGCCAAAGAGAACGAAAUGUUUUGA